AUGGCCGAGAACGUGCCCGCUUCCACCUCCACUCUGCCACAACCUCCGCAAGCCUCAACCGGAGCCUCUGGUCAGCAGCAGUAUGAUGCGUCCCAGGAAAAUGGCCAGGGUACGCACAUGCCCCCCCCUCCUCGUCCGCCAGUUAUGAUCCCCCAGAACACCAACCCGAUUCCGACGGCGAUUACGUCUCCGAUGUCUGGGGGCAUGAUGUCCCCCACCAGUGCUGGUGGAUUUGUGCGUCGGGCCGCUCCUGAGCCAAACAAAAGAGCACUUUAUGUCGGAGGUCUCGACCACAGGGUCACAGAGGACAUCUUGAAGCAAAUAUUCGAGACUACCGGCCAUGUUAUCAAUGUCAAGAUCAUUCCCGACAAGAACCUGGUUACUGAACGUGCCCCAUCCCCACAGAAAUUCAACAGCAAAGGAUACAACUACGGUUUUGUCGAAUUCGAUGACCCCGGCGCUGCUGAGAGGGCCAUGCAGACCCUCAACGGACGCCGUAUUCAUCAGUCGGAGAUCCGUGUCAACUGGGCGUACCAGUCCAACAGCUCAAACAAAGAAGACACCUCGUCUCACUUUCACAUCUUCGUCGGUGAUCUAAGCAAUGAAGUCAACGAUGAGAUCUUGCUCCAGGCGUUCUCGGCUUUCGGCUCGGUUUCUGAAGCCCGUGUGAUGUGGGAUAUGAAAACAGGACGCUCACGUGGCUAUGGUUUUGUCGCUUUCCGUGAGCGCUCAGAUGCGGACAAGGCUCUGACCGCCAUGGAUGGAGAAUGGCUCGGUUCCCGUGCCAUUCGCUGUAACUGGGCCAACCAGAAGGGCCAGCCUUCUAUCUCCCAGCAGCAGGCGAUGGCAGCCAUGGGCAUGGCCCCGACCGCGCCUUUCGGUCACCAUCAUUUCCCCACUCAUGGUAUCCAGAGCUACGACAUGGUUGCCCAGCAGACCCCUCAGUGGCAGACCACAUGCUAUGUGGGCAACCUUACGCCGUACACCUCGCAGAAUGACCUGGUUCCCCUGUUCCAGAACUUCGGUUACGUCUUGGAAACCCGCUUGCAGGCCGACCGUGGGUUUGCUUUCAUCAAAAUGGACACUCACGAGAAUGCUGCCAUGGCAAUUUGCCAGCUCAGCGGCUACAACGUCAACGGUCGUCCUCUGAAGUGCAGCUGGGGUAAGGAUCGCCCACCCACUGGUCAAUUCGACAAUGCGGCUUUUGCCUCCGGUACAACCUACUUCCCGCAGUAUAAUGGUCCCGGCGGGCCUAUGGCCCCUCAGGGCCCUGUUCCUGCUGGUCGAGGCUGGGAUCAAUCUGCCGUACCCACGCAAAACUACGGUCCAGGAAACGGUGCUGGCUUUGGCCGUGGACAGGCCAACAACGGCAACUAUGGAAACGGCUUCGGGGGCUACCAAGCGUAA